UUUACCAACACUGGAAAUUUGGCGUCUACGAAAGUGCUGCAUUUUCUUUUUGUCACUUUGAAAUAGAGUUUUCACAAUUUCCCAGCCAAACCAUGUCGCCUAAGACAAAGAAAAUGGUCGUCAAGAUCCCACGGCACCCGUACUUCAACGUGCAGGGCGAGCGCAGUGUGGAGCGCGAGGUGGAGUACCAGGUGCGAAAGUGUCGCGUGAAUUUGGAGCGCAUAAAAUCGUCGAACACCCCGAAUUCUCGACCUUUCCCUUUGAAGCCGAAGCCCAAAAGGUGCAUUGUCCGCGUGGCCCGGCUGCCGGACGUAGAGCGCAGCGAGAUUUCCGUAACCCCGGCCAGUUCCAUAAUGAACUCGGACAUCGACGAGGGUAAUUCCAGCGAAUAGAAGCAAUCAAUGACCGGUCCUAAUCAUCACCCAUCCUAAUCUAAGAUAUAUUGGUUUCUCCUAUCCGGUUAACUACACGAUCAAUAACGCAACCAGUAAUCAGACCCAUUUUAACCGGAAGAAGUCAUUACUUGUAUUUAAUGUAACAAUCAAAAACCAUUAAUUCCUGACGAUUAUUUUACCAUAAAAUAUGUGCACGAAUAGCACACUCCUUUGUGCUAACGAGACUCGAUUCAUUAAAUAAAUUUCGUCAAUGCAAA